GGCCCGGCGCCCCAUAAAAGGCCGGCCGCCGGGGUGGGGGACACAGACACACACCGCACACACACACGACACACACACCCCCCACCCCCCCCCACCCCCCACACAGAGGGGGCUGAGCCCGGAGGGACCGUCGCGGGCGGAGGCAUGCACGUCAACGGCAAGGUGGCCCUGGUCACCGGGGCGGCCCAGGGCAUAGGCAGAGCCUUCGUCGAGGAGCUCCUCAACCAGGGGGCCAAGGUCGCGCUGGUGGACCUCAAUGGCGAAGCUGGGGAAGAGUGCAAAGCCGCCCUGGACCAGGUCUUCGACGCCCAGAAGACGCUGUUCCUCCAGUGCGAUGUGGCCGACCAGGACCAGCUCAGAGAUACUUUUAGAAAAGUGGUUGACCAUUUUGGAAGACUGGACAUCUUGGUCAAUAAUGCUGGUGUGAAUAAUGAAAAGAACUGGGAAAAAACUGUGCAAAUCAAUUUGGUUUCCGUGAUCAGUGGAACGUAUCUCGGCCUUGACUACAUGAGUAAAUUGAAUGGACGUGAUGGAGGAGUCAUUAUUAACAUGUCUUCUCUGGCAGGGCUCAUGCCUGCCGCCCACCAGCCGGUAUACAGUGCUUCGAAACACGGCAUCAUCGGCUUCACGCGAUCUGCAGCGAUAGCCGCCAAGUGUGCUAACAGCGGAGUGCGGCUAAAUGCCAUCUGCCCCGGCUUCGUGAACACCCCCAUCCUCGAGUCCAUCGAGAAGGAAGAGAAUAUGGGACAAUAUAUCGAAUACAAGGAUAAGAUCAAAGACAUGAUGAAAUUCUACGGCAUCUUGGACCCUUCCAUCAUCGCCAAGGGACUGAUAACCAUCAUCGAGGACGAUACUCUGAACGGCGCCGUAAUGAAGAUCACCACCUCUCAGGGGAUUCACUUCCAGCACUACGACACGUUGCCUUUUCAGUCCAAAGGUCUGUAAGGCGGCUAACGGCGAUGGCCUCAUCCAGCUGCCUGCUUCCAAAAGAUUUUGCAGUUCGAAGCCUUUUCCGAAAAAUGCAAAGGAGAGAUGAUAUUUUCCUAGAGUGCGCAAUAUCUCAAUCAGUAAUUUUCUUCCAGGAGAUUUAUCGGGCAUAGGGUGAACAGCGAUGCUAGAUCAGACACGAGAAGGUCAAAGUUUGAUGCGCGGAACGUCCCAGAUGGGUCUGUCUGGUUUCCGAAGGUUCGGUCUCACCCUCCUGCCGCUAGAAAAGCUGCGUUCGAUCGAUCGAUCAGUCCAUCGAGAGUACUUACCGAGCGCUUUUUGCGUGUACUGAGCGCUUGGAAGAGUACGACAGAAGACACGAUCCCUACCCACGAGGAGCUUCCGAUCCAGUGGAGGAGUUUACACACAAGCAUAAAAUGCCUUUCGGAGCGGUGAUUUUUUUUUU